AUGGCUCUACUGGCCGUAGCAACUCAGCCCAGUACCGUCCAAGCCUCUCCUAGUCUUCGAGCGUCGCACCUUCACAUCAAGGACGUGGACAUUUUGUCAUCAUGCCACUCGCCUGCACCAGGGGUGGAUGAGGAGCUGAAAACAACGAGCUUUACGUUCACCAUAACACAGACCACACGGCCCGUGACGGACAAGACGACGCGACAACGACGGAACCAGGAGGGUUUCGACCCGUCAGGUGGCAACUCCAGCAAUACCCGGCGCUACGCCAUCCCUGGGGAGUCCAUGACCUUGGAGUUUAACGUGCCUGUCGCGUCCGUACACUUUCACCCGAGUGUCGCCGGUGACUUCGACAACAACAAGGUGACGUUUAUCGCACAAGAUCUCCUCGGUGUGUCAGUCGUCCUGGACACCACCGACGUCACCGUCGGAACCGCGAUUCUAGCUUCCGGUGGCCCGUUCCAAGGCCUGUGGGCCGUGCCGGAGUGCACCAGCGAUAGCCGGACCGCCGCUGCUGCCUACGGGCGUAGGCUUCAGUUGGCAAACGCGAACACGCCCACGGGCGCACCGACACCGUCGCCCAACAUGACCAAGACAGUGCCGACCGCUCCCGACACGCUUCUCGCGCCCGAAACGCCUGCAUCUGCUCUAGGCGAGAGCCCAGCAUCAUCUCCGGAGGCAACACCAACAUCGUCAGCGUAUCCCCCGACGGGCGACAUUGUUCCUGCGCCAGCGGCGCUUGGUUUCGAUGAUCCCCAACCUUCGGCGCCACCACCCCUCAUCACCGCGGCGCCGGGUGGGGUGGUGUCCCCUUUCGGAAGCCCAGGAACGCCUGUACCUGCUCUAGGCGAGAGCCCCGCAUUAUCUCCGGUCCCCGAGGAGCCAACGCCAGGACCGGUAGCAUCUACCCCUACGGGUGACACUACUCCGACGCCGGCGGCGCUACCAUCACCCAUCACCACGGGGCCGGCUGGGGUGGUGGCCCCUUUCGGAAGCCCAGAAACGCCUGCACCUGCCCUAGGUGAGAGCCCCGCAUCAUCUCCGGUCUCCGUGGAGACAACGCCAGGACCGGUGGCAUCUACCCCUACGGGUGACACUACUCCGGCGCCGGCGGCGAUCGGUUUCGACGGUUCCCAACCUUCGGCGCUACCAUCACCCAUCAAUACGGCGCCAGUAGGGGUGGUGGCCCCUUUCGGAAGCCCAGACACACCUGCACCUGCUCUGGGUGAGAGCCCCGCAUCAUCUCCGGUCCCCUUGGAGACAACGCCAUCACCGGUAACAUCUACCCCGACGAUCGAGACUACUUCGGGGCCAGUGGCGAUCGGUUUCGAUGGUUCCCAACCUUCGGUGCCAUCAUCCCUUAUCACCGCGGCGCCGGCUGGGAUGGUGGCCCCUUUCGGAAGCCCUGAAACGCUUGCACCCGUUCUAGGCGAGGGCCCAGCAUUUUCUCCCGUCCCCGUGGAGACAACGCUAGGACCGUCAGGAAACACGCCGACGGGCGACACUGUUCCAGCGCCUACGGCGAUCGGUUUUGAUGGGCCCCAACCUUCCGCGCCUCAAUCACCGAUCACCGCGGCGCCAGUAGGGGUGGUGGCCCCUUUCGGAAGCCCUGAAACGCCUGCACCUGUUCUAGGCGAGGGCCCAGCAUCAUCUCCGGAGACAACGCUAGGACCGUCAACAUCCACCCCGACGGGCGACACUGUUCCGGCGCCGGUGACGAUCGGUUUUGAUGAUCCCCAACCUUCGGCGCCUCAAUCACCGAUCACCGCGGCGCCGGCUGUGGUGGUGGCCCCUUUCGGAAGCCCUGAAACGCCUGCACCUGUUCCAGGUGAGAGCCCAGCAUCAUCUCCGGAGACAACGCUAGGACCGUCAACAUCCACCCCGAAGGGCGACACUGUUCCGGCGCCGGUGACGAUCGGUUUUGAUGAUCCCCAACCUUCGGCGCCUCAAUCACCGAUCACCGCGGCGCCGGCUGGGGUGGUGGCCCCUUUCGGAAGCCCUGAAACGCCUGCACCUGUUCUAGGUGAGAGCCCCGCAUCAUCUCCGGAGACAACGCUAGGACCGUCAACAUCCACCCCGACGGGCGACAUUGUUCCGGUGCCGGUGACGAUCGGUUUUGAUGAUCCCCAACCUUCGGCGCCUCAAUCACCGAUCACCGCGGCGCCGGCUGGGGUGGUGGCCCCUUUCGGAAGCCCUGAAACGCCUGCACCUGCUCUAGGCGAGGGCCCAGCAUUUUCUCCCGUCCCCGUGGAGACAACGCUAACACCGUCAGGAAACACGCCGACGGGUGACACUGUUCCAGCGCCUACGGCGAUCGGUUUUGAUGAUCCCCAACCUUCGGCGCCUCAAUCACCGAUCACCGCGGCGCCGGCUGUGGUGGUGGCCCCUUUCGGAAGCCCUGAAACGCCUGCACCUGCUCUAGGUGAGAGCCCCGCAUCAUCUCCGGAGACAACGCUAACACCGUCAGGAAACACGCCGACGGGCGACGCUGUUCCGGCGCCGGUGACGAUCGGUUUUGAUGGGCCCCAACCUUCGGCGCCUCAAUCACCGAUCACCGCGGCGCCGGCUGUGGUGGUGGCCCCUUUCGGAAGCCCUGAAACGCCUGCACCUGCUCUAGGUGAGGGCCCAGCAUCAUCUCCGGAGACAACGCUAACACCGUCAGGAAACACGCCGACGGGCGACACUGCUCCGGCGCCGGUGACGAUCGGUUUCGAUGAUCCCCAACCUUCGGCGCCUCAAUCACCGAUCACCGCGGCGCCGGCUGUGGUGGUGGCCCCUUUCGGAAGCCCUGAAACGCCUGCACCUGCUCUAGGCAAGGGCCCAGCAUUUUCUCCCGUCCCCGUGGAGACAACGCUAACACCGUCAGGAAACACGCCGACGGGCGACGCUGUUCCGGCGCCUACGGCGAUCGGUUUUGAUGGGCCCCAACCUUCCGCGCCACAAUCACCGAUCACCGCGGCGCCGGCUGGGGUGGUGGCCCCUUUCGGAAGCCCUGAAACGCCUGCACCUGUUCUAGGCGAGGGCCCAGCAUCAUCUCCGGAGACAACGCUAACACCGUCAACAUCCACCCCGAAGGGCGACAUUGUUCCGGCGCCGGUGACGAUCGGUUUUGAUGAUCCCCAACCUUCGGCGCCUCAAUCACCGAUCACCGCGGCGCCGGCUGUGGUGGUGGCCCCUUUCGGAAGCCCUGAAACGCCUGCACCUGUUCUAGGCGAGAGCCCCGCAUCAUCUCCGGAGGCAACACGAACACCGGUAGCAUCCACCCCGACGAUCGAGACUACUCCGGCGCCGGCGGCGCUUGGUACCGUGUCGCCCACUGCCAAGGAGACGGUUGCCGUGGAGGAGGGCGUGACCUAUGCCCCCGCUCCCCACGUUUCGGCGGCGUAUGGGACUGGAACUCCUGCCGAGGUUGCCUUUGCCGAUCUCUCGACGCCCGCCCCUGUGGAUCCUGUGGCCCAUGCGGCCGAUGCUGGUGUCGACGUCGAGGUUGACAUGGAUGCCUACGGUGAUGGCGCCGACGCCGAUACCACGUCGGACUGCGCCGCGUGCUCGAAUCUGUCCGAGGUGCAGAUGCUGGCACUGGCCGCUCACCCCGGCGGCGCAAAGAGGGUGGUGUGCGAUUCUGACUGCUUGGACGGCGUGGACGUCCUCGAUUGUGACUACUUCGGCCUAGGACAGAUUUGUCGAGGCUGUGGGGACUGCGAUGGCUGCGAGGCAUGUUCUUGA